UUGCUUGCACCGUCUCUUUUCUUUCCCCUUUGUUAGGAACAACACCACGCCACCACCUUUGUUUACGAACUCGUCAGACUUGAUGACUCAUCACAACGUCACCACCACCGCCUAACGACGUAGAGCACCUUCUCUCUCCUCCAAUUGGCCAUUGCUUAAGUUGACUUGCUGCGAAGGUUGCUUUGAUCAUUCGAAGCGCCUGAGGGUUUUGUUCUUGGAAUCCGAAAAUGGCCGCAGUUCGGAGGCGGGUGUGGCAGUUAUCUUCAAUUCCAGGUUUCGGGGCUUCGAAAUUGGAAGUGUCGUCGUCGUUCCAAAGAGCAAUUCUCGAUCCAUUUCCUGUUUCGGGGACCAGACACUUUUCCCAAGUGGUGAAAUCCAACGGCAAACACUCGUUCCAAAGAGCAAUUCUUGAUUCAUUUCCUGUUUCGGGGACCAGACACUUUUCCCAAGUGGUGAAAUCCAACGGCAAACACCUGUUCCUCGUUGACACCUUGGCCCUUGUUAGGAGACUGGAAGGCGAAGGAGUGCCCUCAAAGCAAGCCGAGGCGAUAACCGCUGCCAUAACUGAGGUUUUGAAUGACAGUCUCGAAAAUGUGUCUCAGUCGUUGGUAUCAAAUGGUGAGAUGCAGAAAAUUGAAAUGAUGCAAGAAUCCAACCUGUCUAAGUUUAAAGCGGAGGUGCAGAGCUCACAGGGACACCAUUUUUCUCUCUUACAACAUGAGACUGAGAAGCUUAGGAAUGAUAUAGAGAAGAUGCGUAGUGAGCUGAGGCAUGAGAUAGAUAAAGUCACUGCUGGGCAGCGAUUAGAUUUGAACCUUGAAAGGGGGAGAAUAAGGGAGGAAUUGUCUAAUCAGAAUGCUGAAACUAACAACCUGACAAACAAACUUGAUAGAGUAAGCAAUUAUGGAUCUGUCUGGGAGAUCCAUUCUUUAAGAGCACAACUGGAAGCAGCCAAAUAUGAUGUCAUAAAAUACUGCAUAGGAACACUUGUUUCGAUCUCUGCUGUUGGUCUUGCUGUUUUACGCAUAUUGAUGUAAAUGGACUGUAUUCCAAUUAACAUCCACAAAGAGGAGGUGGAAAAGAAUAAGGGUAACUCCGUAGCUGCAUUGAAGAUUUAUCUUCUGUCAGAGAAACAAGUGCAACUUUUUAUUUUGGUCCAUACCAGUGGAGCUGAAAGGAACUAGCUCCAAUCAGGCAUGAAUUGGGCCUAUUUUUUAAGCCCCAUUCUAUAUUCUUUUGUUAAUUUAUUUGCCAUGCCCUUUGGGAUAUUUGUGCAAUUUGUGCGUGGCUGUAUGGUAUGAAUACAAUACAAGCACCUUGGAUUAUAAUGCCUCGACCCUUCUACCAAAGUGGAAGGAUCAAAAUGCUUAUUGGCUCCAAGUCUAUGCGAAUUAGGUUCCUUUAUUCGCUUCAAAUUCACGAUGUUGUACAAUCGAUUUAUAGGCAUAGUAAUACAUAAUAUUAUAACCAAUGAAGAAUAAAGAGAAUAUAUUCUCAUAUAUUGGUUAAUUGCUCA